CUCCUCUUUUUUUUCUUUUCUUUUCUUUUUUUUAUCUUCUUCCAGUUUCUUCGUUCUCUUCUCUGCAACUCUAUUCGAUCCACCACCGAUGUCAUCCACUCCAAAAAAACGCCCAAAAUCCAAACCCAACGCUUCUCCUUCUUCGACUCCACCAAUUCCACACUCAAUCGUGGAGCCACCAGAAAAUUUCUUCCCUUCGAAAGAAGAGUUCUUGAGGCUCCUUGCAGUGCUUGCCAUCGCAUCCUCGGUCGUCGUCACCUGCAAUUUCCUCGUCUCCUUCUUCAACCCCACCCAGAAACCCUUCUGCGAUAGCGUUUCAGACUCCCUUGAUUCUCUCUCAGAUUUUUGUGAGCCUUGUCCUUCAAAUGGAGAAUGUUAUCAAGGCAAGUUGGAAUGUGUUCAUGGCUAUAGAAGGCAGGGCAAUUUAUGUGUUGAAGAUGGAGAUAUCAAUGAAACAGCUAAGAGACUUUCAAAGUGGGUAGAAAAACGUCUUUGUGAAGCCUAUGCUCAAUCUCUGUGCAGCGGAACCGGGACAAUUUGGGCUCGACAAAGUGAUAUAUGGAAUGAUUUAGAUGGACACAUUCUGAUGGAUAAUUUUGGUUUGGACAAUGCCAUUUGGACACAUACCAAGAGAAAGACAAUGGAGACUGUUGGUAAAUUAUUAGAGUCACGAACGACUUCUUAUGGAACUAAAGAGUUGAAGUGUCCAGACUUGCUAGCAGAACAUUAUAAACCACUUACCUGUCGCAUUCGUCAUUGGAUCACCAAGCACGUUCUCGUUAUUGUUCCAGUUUGUGCAUUGCUAUUGGGAUGCACGAUAUUACUUUGGAAAGUUCGCUGGAGAUGGUAUCUAUCGAGCCGAGUUGAGGAGCUUUACCAUCGGGUUUGCGACAUACUCGAGGAAAAUGCUUUGAUGUCGAAGAGUGUAAAUGAUGGAUGUGAAUCUUGGGUAGUUGCCUCUCAGUUACGGGAUCAUUUACUUUUGCCGAGAGAAAGGAGAAAUCAUGUGCUGUGGAAGAAGGUUGAGGAGUUAAUACAGCAAGAUUCUCGUAUAGAUCGGUAUCCAAAGCUGGUGAAGGGUGAGACAAAAGUGGUGUGGGAAUGGCAAGUUGAAGGUUCUCUGAGCUCUAGGAUGAGAAGAAGACAAGAGUCAAGCAAAUCAAAGUCAAGAGAAGGCGUGAAGAUAACUUCCAAUCAACAACAUGGAAUGUUGAAGGCUGGUAAGCUGCAAAAUUCCAGAGCCUAAGCCCUUGAUUUUUUGAUGUGGGUGCACUCUAGGAAAACUGGUCACAUUUUACUGUGGAGAUGAACCAUGGACUAUACCCGCUAGAAAAGCAUGUAGCAAUGACUUCUGUUUCUUUGUAGUGAUACUUGAGUUAAUUAGUACUUGAAUCUGUAGUUGAUGAUACAUGUAAUUGAUGGAAUGGACAGAAGCUUUGGAAAUGUAGACACCCCCACCAAUUCUAUUGUAUUACU